ACAAGCUUAAGUAGCUUGAGCUCUUCAUCUCUCUCUCUCUUUCUCUCUCUCCUUUGGUACAAUUUCUUUUAUACUAGUUGAUCAUGGCGAUCGGCAGGCGCUGCGGCGAUCUCUUCCGGAAGAUGAAGCCCUACAUCGCGAUGGUAUCGCUCCAGUUCGGCUAUGCGGGGAUGAACGUGAUCACGAAGGUCUCGCUCAACCACGGCAUGAGCCACUACGUGCUGGUCGUGUACCGGCACGCCUUCGCCACCCUCUCCAUUGCCCCCUUAGCUCUCAUCCUCGAGCGGAAGGUGAGGCCUAAGAUGACGCUCAAAAUAUUUUUGCAAAUAUUUGUGUUGGCUCUACUUGGGCCUGUUAUAGACCAAAACUUUUACUACGCCGGAUUGAAGUUCACGUCCCCGACUUUCUCCUGCGCGAUGAGCAACAUCCUGCCUGCAAUGACCUUCGUGAUGGCCGUCAUAUUCAGGAUGGAGAAAUUGGACAUGAAGAAGAUGACGUGCCAGGCGAAGGUGGCGGGGACGCUGGUGACGGUCGUGGGCGCGAUGCUGAUGACGCUUUACAAGGGACCAAUAAUGGAGAUGGUUUGGACCCGGCACGGCCAUUCGCACGGCGCGGCGGAGGCGCCCGGGAGCUCCGCCGCGGAUCCCUCGAGCAGGGAUUGGUUUUUGGGCUCCAUGUUCCUCAUCAUAGCUACCUUGGCUUGGGCUUCUCUCUUCAUCCUUCAAGCUGUGACAUUGAAGCAAUACUCAGCUCAACUCUCUCUCACUACAUUGAUAUGUUUUGUGGGCACUCUCCAAGCUAUUGUUGUCACCUUUGUGGUGGAGCACAAGCCCUCCGUUUGGACCAUAGGAUUCGACAUGAACCUCCUUGCUGCUGCUUAUGCUGGCAUUGUGACAUCUAGCAUUGCUUACUAUGUCCAAGGGCUAGUGAUAGAGAAAAGAGGGCCAGUGUUUGCCUCAGCAUUUAGCCCACUGAUGAUGAUCAUAGUUGCUAUUAUGGGAUCUUUUAUCCUUGCAGAGAAAAUAUAUCUUGGAGGUGUUCUUGGAGCUGUGUUGAUUGUGAUGGGACUGUACUCAGUGCUCUGGGGUAAAUACAGAGAGAACAAGGAGCAAAAGGAGAAUGAAUCUAUGGCUUUACCCAUGGCCUCAAAGGGAGGUAAUGUGGGGUGUGGGUUGGAAAUGUUUACCACAGAGGUGAUUAAUGGAGCUGAGUUGGAGAGCAAAAAACCCAGUGACAUGAACUCCACUUGCAAUGGAAAAGCAAUUAAUGGAGCUAGUGCCCAAAUUGGCCAAGUUCCACUCAAUCAAGAAGCUGCACCAAAAAGCUAACUCAUUUUGGUAUUUUUAUCCACUGCUUUUUCUAAUAAGGAGAUUUAUGUAUGCUGACAAAGUAAGAGGAAGGGGAGAACAAAUGAAGAAGCAAGUGAUAAUUAAAGAGCAAUGAAGAGUAUUUUUUUUGUUGUUGUAUUAGACUACUAAUUUAUCUACUUACUUUGUAUGAGGAAAAAAGAGAAUGAAAAAGAGAAAAGGUGUUUUUAAUUUUACUUUUCCUCCUUUCUUUUUGGGGCUUGAAGUGAAAGAGAUUGUGGGUGUGUGUGUGUUCAUGUAAGCAAUGGGAGUUUGAAUUGAAGUAAUUUUCAGGGUUAUGUAUCCCUCUUGAACA